AUGGAGAAUGGAAAGAGUCUGGGAUCGUAUAGUGACGGACUAGACGCCGCGUACCGGCCGCUGCCACCGCUCUACUUGGCUUUCAUGGUCAUUUGGUUCUUCUCUACAUUUUCUUGGGCCUUCAAUACCUAUAAUUAUCGCCAUCUUCAGACAAAUAGAUUGCAGUGGGCGCUUGCCUCUGUUCCAUUGAUUAAAGCCUUGCAACACGCUUUAUCUUUCCUUUUCUGGAAUUCGUGUUUUUAUACGCAUGUAUGCUCAUUAUGGAUGUCUUUUGGAGCCUAUGUUAUUGGAGUGCUAUUUCAGACAGUUACUUUUGUAUCUUUCAUGCUUAUUUCUAAUGGCUAUUGCAUCACCUGCGAACGCCUUUCAGUGUCUGAACGGCGAACCACAGCUGCUCUUGGGUGUAUCUUUUACCUGACUCUAGUUGGUUACAGAGCUUCUAUUCCUUACUUCUUUGUACUACUGCUGCUCAACUAUUUUAUAUUUUUCUACAUGAUAUUCUACCAUGUAUCUCAGAACUUAAUAGUUUUGCGGGAACAGUUGAACUUUAUAGAAGACGAGGAUGUCCACGAGAUGCAUGAUGCAGUUUAUACAAAAUACAUCAUGUUCAAGAAAUUUCAAGGUGCAAUGCACAUUGUGGCCGUGGCAGAACUUGCGAUUUUCAUAAACAUGGAUACAUCAUUGGAAAAUUACUGGAUUCGGAUGUUGGUUCGAGAAUGGGCACAAUUUUGCAUCUUUCUGUACAUAGGAUGGACUUUCAGGUCACAACAGUUGACACCUCGUUUCUCUGUUAUGCCUACUUUGAAGUCUAAAGUAGAAAUGAUGGUGCCUCCAAUUUACAGCAUUGAAAUGGAUGCAGAAACUUUUAAAGAUUUAAGUAGUCAUGAAUGGCACAUUGGUGUACCAACGUUGCCCUGUAAAGGAAGCUUAACGGAUUCAGUCCUAGUCGUAAUUCAACACCCCCGUGAUACAGGCCAUCGACCAACUCUGACUAACUGA